UCUCUCGCCGUCUCGUCAAGUGUCUCGAAGCCGAAAACAGUGCACCAUCGAGGGGUUUAACUGGCUGUCAACCGAGCUCCUUACGGCAGUCAUGGCGGCGCCGUUAGCCCACUUCGACGAGGACUGGCAGGACUUUAACGAAUUCAAGCCGUCCUCGGCGUCGGCCGACCAGCUGGACCAGCUGAACUCAAACGUGGGCGAUUCGUCGUCGGGCCUAGACGAUUUCUCCGACCUGGACAACAGUUUCUCCGGGGAGAUCUGCAGCUUCAAAUCGAUGGAGGACCUCGUCCACGACUUCGACGAGAAGCUGACAGUGUGUUUCCGAAACUACAACACCGCGACGGAGAACAUAGCCCCCAUUAAACCCAUCUCAGAGGACAAUUACUUGAAGGACGACGAGGUGUGGAACGCUCUGACGGAUAAUUACGGCAACGUGAUGGCUGUGGACUGGAAGACAUCGCACACUCGCUCCCUACACCUGCCCACCCUCAACCUCACUGAGCCCGAGAAGUUGGACAACCAGUCUCUGGAUCUGUCCGACGACGAGGAGCUGAGGGAGCAGAUGGAUAUGCACUCGAUAAUCGUCUCCUGCAUCAACGACGAGCCGCUCUUCACAGCCGAACAGGUCAUAGAGGAGAUAGAAGAGAUGAUGCAGGAGUCUCCAGACCCAGAAGAUGAUGAGAGUCCCUCACAGUCCGACCUGUCCAUGCUCUCUCAGGACCUCCACACUCUGAAACGCUCCGGCUCCAACACCAGCUAUGAGGACCGGUUGCGUCAGCUGUCUGUGUCUGAGCUGACCGAGACUCUGGAGGAAGUAGAGACGGCCAUUCGCCGCUACAGUGAAGAGCUGAUCCAGGCUCUGGCCCUGAGAGAUGAACUGGACUAUGAAAAGGAGGUGAAGAACAGCUUCAUCUCGCUGUUGAUCGACGUGCAGAACAGACAGAAGGAGCACCGUGAGCUGCUGCGGAAGAAGAAGAAAAUCAGAAGUACGACUACAAUGGGGCCCAACGGCCAGAGGACAGCCAGCACACACAUACCAGGCACGCUCCUCACUCUGGAGGGACUCUCCAAUGUCAUUCAAAAUGGCCUCCGUCAAACUUUUGGCAACACAGGAGGGGACAAACAGUACCUGACCACAGUAAUCCCUUAUGAGAAGAAAGCCGGCUCCCCGUCGGUAGAAGACCUCCAGAUCCUCACAAAGAUCCUCCACGCCAUGAGGGAUGACAGCGAGAAGGUGCCUGCCCUGCUAACAGACUACAUUCUCAAAGUUCUUUGUCCUACGUAAAGCCAAAGGCGAGCCUCCUGUUUCCAGAACCAUUGGACCAUCAGAAGAGGGUUCUGGUAAUCCGGACGAACUCGGAUAAUGGAUUAAGAAUCCAAAUCUUCCUUCCUCCCUGUUUGUCAGCACAUAGACUUUCUUUCCUUGUGGCAUUUUUUUUUACCCUGCCACUGUUGUUUUUCCUUAGAUUUUAACUCUAGUGAUAGCUCUUCAAUCUGUAUAGUUCAUUUCAUUUGUAAUGUUUUAACUCUUUAAUGCCUGAGUGCUACAACCCUGUAUAUCCUGACUGCAUGAUGACUUGUCUAUGGAUGCCAGUAAUCAGUAUUAGUCUGAACACCUCACUUCCUGAUUAGCCAGCAGCUCUUGAAUGGAGACAGGGUCAGGUGUAUUUUAUCAGCAGGUCUGUGUGAGGGAGAUGCAGUCCAGUCCAGUCCAGAUUUGUAAAUUCAAAUGCGUUUGCAUCCGUGUAAUUCAUGCCCGAUGGAGUAAAACAAAUGCUGGCUGAAUUUCAGAGUGCCAGGAUGGUUGUGAUAUCGAGCAUACAUUUUGUUUUUCCUGAAUGGAAACUUUUGCCAUAAUGGCAUAAUUUGUUGAUUGCUAAUAAUAUCUUGGGGUUGAAAAACUCUGCUUGCUAAGGAUCAAAGAGCAAACCCUUUAAUUUUAAAAUCUAAAAUCAUAGGUCCACCUGUCUCCACAUGUUGAUUUUGGGUUUAUGCUCAAUAUUAGCAGUUAGUUGAAUGUUAAAAAUUAAAUAUUUUGUAUACAAUUUAAGAUAAAUCGCACAGUUUUGGAAACUUUUUACUUUUUGAAAAAGGGAAAAAAGUUUUGACAAAGUAAAAGCUGGAUGAACAAAAACAUGUAAAGCAUAUUUUUCGGAGAAGGGGUUUGUUUUUAGUGAGAUUGGGGACUUGUCAGUAGCCACUUUUGUGACCACAACAUUAUUUUGUAAAUGCUGUCCAUUGACCUCUGAGCCCUCGAGUAGUGACCACCAUCCCCCAACAACUUUAUCACUUCCCCAGGAGAGUCCUCAUUAACAUGAGUCUGCAAAUACCUCGUAUAACAUUUUAGCAUUAGUAUAAAAGCAUUAGAUAAACAGCGUAGUUAAGAUUAUGUUAAAAGGUAGGUAGGUUUGAUAAUUGUGUAGUUAAGCUUCUGUUAAAAGGUUUUCUCUAUCUGUUAACCCUUUAACUGUAAAUUUUGUGGUAGCACUUUAGUCUGUCAGUGAUCUGGUCAUGUUGUAGUGGAAUAUGUGGUGGAGGUACUACAGAGUACGUCUCACUAGAUUAGCAUUAGAUGAAGCUUAGAAGCUUAAGCUUGUGGUGCCAAAAGCACGUCAACAUGUUGUCAAUUGUUGUCAUGCAUCCGGUUCGAUUUAUCUCUUAUUGGUCAUCAUGAGCAUGAGAAUUUAAACAACCUUAAAGGGGCGCUCCACUGAGUUUACACAUCAUACGGAGUACAGCUCAGCCUGUAAAAACAUUUGUGCAUGUUUAGUCAAACAAAAAUACACCCAGGUUGGAUUAUGGGAAAUGUAGGAUGCAGUGUUUUUGGACUAAAAGUCAGAAUAUCUCAGCCUCUGCCUCAUCAACUUUGACCAUUCUGUUGGUCAAUGCAUCUCUUGCAUGUCUCCCAACCCUUACGGCAGUGCGAUACUAAAUCACUGGAGCGCCCCUUUAAAAACCGUGUACCACCAAUCUAGCACUGCGUGUGUCAUCAGCAGGUUGGUACACUAAUGUUCAGACCACCAGCUACUACAGGUGCACCACACACGGUCAGAUCAGGUCUAGUCUAGCUCUCAGGUACGAUCAUCAGUGUUAGUAAUUUAAAAUCUUGUUCUGAAAGGUACUGACAUUCCUGAGUCUUCGUAUGUUUCUGGCGACAUUUUAUCAACGACACUUAAACUUGCUGCACUUUUAUCUUUUCAACAAAUUUCUCUAAAUACCUGGACGAGCAGAUGGGGGUAAUCAUUGUAGCCUCUUGACUAAAUCAGGGUAGCAUUUUACAGAUGUUGAUUAUGUCAUGACUUGUUGAAACACAAUUUAAUGCUUAAAGUCCUGGACUCUAGUAGUAAUAGUAGCAGGUGUAGCCAGCAGUUAAAUGUACAGGCUUCAGUAGCAUCUGCUUGAUGUAGCAGUCUAGAGACGAGAGCGUGGAUGCAGUUAAACUUAGACUCUUUAGAAAAUCAGUUGUUAAGUUGUAGGAGAAGGGGAGACUCUUUUAAAAAAAGGAGUUUAGUUUUAUCGAUGAAAUACUUUAAGCGUGUCUCUCAUGCGAGAAGAAGAAGUGGCGAGAAGAAAGGUGCAUGGGAAGAUGAAAAGGGGUGUGAUAAAGUUCAUGGAUGUUGGGGAAGAUUGCACAAAGGGUUGCUUAAAUUUGAGGGGUCCAAUUAAUUAUUUUGUAAAGGAAGCUUGUAGUGCUAUUUAACUAUUUAUAUAUAACUGUUGUUUCUACUGUUCCCAGCUUUGAAAACAUUCACAGACUAGCAUGUGCUCCUGGCACUUUACUGCUGCAGACACAUUUCUAAUAACGAUUAAUUUGUUUUGUUUAUGGACAUAUAGAUAUCACACUAAAGGGACAAGUGCAUGUUGCAGUAGAAUGCAGAGCAACUCAAAGCAAGUAAUGAAUUCAAACUGUUAAAAUCUAUUAAAAAGGGAAAAGUUAAACAUCACAAGGCUUGUGGCGGUAAAACACGAGCCAUUUUAGGAGAACAUCCCUCGGUUGAUCAUAAUCUCACAAAAGCUUAAAUGAAAAUGACACCAACCGUGUAAAUCUAUCUUGUGUUUUAUAAUGAAAUGACAGCAUGGACGUUAGUGGAGGGUCUCGUCUCAGGGCGGAGCCCCUAAUCUGGUCACUUCUUAGCAGACAUAUCAAUGUAACUACAAUUUAGAGAUUUAUAUUUAUAUAUGUACAACAAAACAAGCAAUGGAGAAAAGAGGCUGCCUUUGUAAAUGCCUGACAAUUUUUGUACAUUAAACCAACUCCUUUUUGUUUUUAAUGCAAUAUAAUUCCCCAGUUUGGGGUUUUAUGUUUACUGUCUUAUGUGGUACUGCAGUAUAUUAAUUUAUUAUGUAAAUGUUCGUUUUGUAACCAUGUUAUUGACUGUAAUGGUACAAGUGUUUUGUGCCCGCAUUGCAUUGCAACUCAUUUCAAAUAAAUUAAUAUGUGAAGACUUU